AUGAUGUCUUUUGACAUUGGCCUUCGUGGCCCUUACCUUUUGUCCGUAAUUACGGCUUGUUGCGCUACUGGUUUCUUGUUGGUAGGCUAUGACAAUGGUGUCUUUGGUGGUUUGGUAGAAGCACCUUCGUUCAAUUCGACGUUCAAUUAUCCAAGUGAGAAUAUGAUUGGCAACAUCGUUAGUCUCUACGAGAUUGGUUGCUGUAUAGGAGCAUUAUCAACAUUUGUUAUGGGAGAAAAACUAGGAAGAAGGAUGACGAUCAUCUUUGGUGCUCAAUGGAUGAUCGCGGGUGCAAUCACUCAAGCUGCUGCACAAUCCGUUGGAGUUUUGAUCUUGGGUCGUCUUAUUUGCGGAAUUGGAAUGGGUAUCAUCAAUGCAACCGUUCCUGUUUUGCAAGCUGAAACCAGUCCAGCCAUUUCACGUGGUAAAUUGGUAGCAAUCGAUUUGACUGUGUUGAAUUGCGGAAUCGUUAUUUCGUAUUGGAUCGAUUAUGCGUUUAACUUUGGUGCUCCUUCUUUGAAAGGUAACUCGAUCUGUUGGCGUUUACCGAUUGCAUUGCAGUGCGUUUUUAUCAUUUUCAUCGUUAUGUGUGCUCUCGUCAUUCCAGACACGCCAAGAUGGUUGAUCAAAAAAGGCAGAAUGGAUGAAGCAAAAGAAGUGAUUGCAAGAUUGUUGAACUCUUCAACAACAGAAAGCCAGGUUGAAAAGCAAUACAACGAAAUCAAAGAAGCUCUGGAUCAUGAACAGCGUGAAGCCGAUCGUGUUCACGGCUGGCGUGGUCUAGUUGCACCCGGAGGCGGAUGGAGUGAUGAUUCAUUGCAAACACGUAAAAGAUGGCUUUUGGCAUGUUUCAUUCAAGCAGCACAACAACUUGGAGGUAUAAACGCAUUGAUUUAUUAUUCAAGCACUUUGUUCAAAAAGUCAAUCGGAUUAUCAGACAAAGAUUCAGCUUUGAUGGCAGGCGGUUUGAAUAUGUGUUUGAUCUUGGGAAGUACAAUUUCCAUCUUUUUGAUCGAUGUCGUUGGUCGAAAGAUGUUGUUGUUACCUUGCAUUGCAGGUAUGUCAGCUGUCAUGGUCGUUCAAACGGGUCUUGUGUACAAAACACAACAGCCAAAUAGUGACAAGAUAUAUGGUCGUGCCGCAAGCUCGAUGUUGUUUAUCUUUGAGUUGUUCUUCAGUAUUGGAUUCCAGGCAACGGUUUGGUUGAUUCCGUCAGAAGUUCUACCUUUGCGUAUUCGAACGCAAGGAAGUGCUUUAAGUACGGCUUCUAAUUGGAUCAUGAACUUUGCCGUGGUGAAAUUCACACCUUCAGCAAUCAAGAAUAUCAAAUAUCGUGUUUAUAUCAUCUUUGCCGUUCUCAACGCACUCUGGCUUCCCAUCAUUGCAAUCUACUUGCCAGAAACUGCACGUAAGUCGUUGGAAGAUAUGGAUAGAAUUUUCAGUACAGGUGACUGGCAACAAAGCGAGCGUCAAGCAAAGAUUGACAUCGAAACAGUUGCUGAUUAA